CAGCCCGACUCACAGCUUCAACUCGAUCCGGCCGUUGCCGGUGACAAAAUGAAGCGCCAAAGACAACCACGAGCUCUGCAGUCAGACAAACACAUGUACAACCCGGGACCGCAUCGUUCGAAGCUCAGGACCAUCGAGCAUAGGCCCUUGGAACCGAAAGUGCUACAAUGCGAGCGUUGCUCCCACGAAAUGAUCUCCUGCUGGUACUUCGUUCACCCAAAGACAUCCCGAGCUACAGUGCUGGUGCCCAACAAUGGACACAUGUCCUGCAAGGGUGAGCCUGGUGCUGGGUCCAGGGCUUUCUUCAAGCCAGUCGACGGGUCAAGAUACAAAGCAGACUGUACUUCAGGUAUUGUUUACUGUGUCCACAACCGAGUGCAGGCAGUUUGUGCUCCAUGUGGUGGGGCCAACGUAUGCCAGCAUCAUCUGCCAAAAUGGCAAUGUUCUGAAUGCAAGCUGAAGAUCCGAAAGCGGAUCAAGAAGGUGAUUGCAGAGUAG